ACCCACUGUGUGAUGUGACCUUCUUCGUGAUGUCACCCACUGUACUUUGACACUACUUUGGAUUUCUGAUCAACGAAAGAGGAGUUUAAGAGAGCGCAUCGUGGAAUCCCACGAGUCAAGAGUCAUGAGUCUUCCCAAACCCAUCGAAAAAAAACAGAAGCUUGACAAGAGCGUUGCAGUCAUGGAACUACCAGGGACACCCGGCGACGAUGAGCAGCUGAAAGCAGGGAUACAAGAGCGUAAACAGGAGCUGAAGAGUUUGACAGAGAACAUAGAUGAGUUACAGACGCACUACCAGAAAGCCCAGGAGAUAAACUUGAGCUUUCACAUGUUUCUCAAGGAGGAAGAGGCUGAGAAAGCUGUGGAAGACGCAGAGCGGGAGAGGACAGAAGUGCUCGAAAUGGACACGCAGAUAGAGAUUUUAAAGGAGGAGAAGGCUGAACUGUUGGAGAAGAAGCGCGGGCUGGACGACCAGGUGCAGAGCCAAACUGUGUACCCAAACAUCAUGGAGCAGAUGGCGAAGGUGACGCCGGUCAAGGAUGCGGAGACGCUUGCCGACAAACUGGAGAACAAGCUCAAGUUGAGAGACCAGCUCUGCGAGAGGGAGAAAGAGACAGAGGAGCAGAUUGAGCAGCAGAGGAAAGCACUGGAGGCGCUGAAGGGCCAGCAUGACAUGCUGCGGCUGCAGAAGAACAACCAACUGUCCCAGCUCCACAUCAUGCUGAACGAGAUGCACUCCGAGGCUCUAUUCUGGCAAAGGAAGUGGGACCACGUCCAGGAAACCACCGCGAAGAAAAAACUCCUCCUGGCCCAGAUCAAGAUGACGACGCUCAACCUCUACGAAUCGACGGGCGGCAAUUUGGAAGAAGACGGGAUCCAGAUCAACAACACUGACCAACAGCUGGACAGGAUCAAGAUAUUCAUCCAGGACCAUGACAACAUAGUGAAAGCCCACUGGGGCAAAUGACACAAUGCUCUUUCUAUUUGUACUCUUCCUCCAGGGCUUCAGGAUCCAACACUACUCAACGAUUUUACUAUAACAGCUGACGUUUUUGAACUAAUAGGCCUGAUAGAACUAGAAUGUCACUCGGUAGAGCACAUACCUCCGCCAUGGCCCAACCGUCCUCUUAAAUUCAAUCAAGCCACAACAAAUUGUACACACUCACAUCAGUCACCCAAAUAUGCCAAUUUUAAUUCUCUGGGAAAUCUGUGGAAAAUGCCCCAAAAAUCACGCCCAAUCUCGCAUUGUUAAAGAAAGUGAUAAGAGUUCCUGGAUCAGCACCCGGACGCAGGUGAUAGGCCUAUCUUCUGUUGAUCUAGGCUAGGAUACAUCAGGUCCGGGCCAUGUAACAUAUGUCUCAUAUGGUGUAUAAUAUUGGCAUUAAUACACGAAUAUAACACCCAUCCCUUCCAGAGCUGUUACUCUUUAAUAAUAACAGACACACCUGCACGAGCAGCGGCUCCCUCGUCACUUGUUGACGUGCCCGAGUCCUGAACCAUGUUGACGUUGGUCUGGUGCUCCGACAAAUUUAUGCUAAUCGCACCAACUGACUAUCAGUGCUCUAUCGGUUUAUCACUUCAAAGCCGUGGGACCGCGCUUCGGCAGGCUGAGAGCCCCCCCCCCCGCUCUAGAGUCUGAUUUAGGAGAUCAGUCCCAAACAGCCCAGAGUCAAUUACCAGGCUUAGCUAGGACGUGAAGUAAAGUCGCAGAGAUGUUGACCAGCAUUCAGGAAACAGAGAUGCUGAGGAGAGAGAGAGAGAGAGAGAGAGAGAGAGAGAGAGAGAGAGAGAGGGGAGGCGGGCAGGAGAGCAAGCAAAGAGAGUGAGGGGGGAAAUAUCAGGGAGAGAAACCUUGGAGCCCAAUUCAAUACUCUUCCUCAUUCAUCUCCGCCCCCCGUGUCCUACCACAUGCCUGCAGCAAGAGAACAGACUUCUACUGAGCAGUUUUAUUUGAAUAAUUCCUUCCUAUUAUAUAUAUAUAUAUAUAUAUAUAUAUAUAUAUAUAUAUAUCCAGGACCAUAUAUAUAUAACCUUCCCUGUACUAUUGUCUGUGACCAGUACUAUAUAAAUAAGCUUUCCCCGUUGUUGGGCGAAUAAAGGAAUAUCUAACCUUA